AGAAACACGCUUGUGGAAGACUUUAUAUCUUAGGCGGUUGAUAGCUUUGAUUUAAUCAAAUAAGCCUGUAGUAGCUACAUCGGCGAAAAUGGGUAUUUACGAUGCCACGGAAGAUCCCCAGGCUCCCAAGGACUUGAACUUAAAGACAAUGCAGUAUGAAAAACUAGACCCACAAAUGUUGAACAAAAACGAAAGUGAGGGACAUCUUUCAAGCACGGUGGAAACGUCAUUUAUUGAAGGCCCGACAAAAUUUGAGGACUUCUGUUCCAUGACGGAAAGCAAAAGCAACAAACGGGUCUUCUUCUCACGGAGCGUUUCAGAGAACAAAUAUUGCCCUCCAAGGAAAGCCCCUCCCCAGAGAAGCAGCUCCGAUCUUGGAGCACGGCGAAACAGCGUUCCAUCCUUUAUGCUUGCAGAUUGCCUCAAUUUCGCCUCUUUUCGUUCUGUGACUCUCGAAGACAUACCCCAGUGUUGUAGGGUGCGGAACUUUGCGAUUUCGUCCAAGGGACAGUUGCUUAACAGGGGUGACUCAUUUAAGUUGUUGCCGGUGCAGGGCUUGACCCUCGAUGAAGUGGUGCUUAACGGUAAUGUAAAUGACCCCACAUCCACCCAACCAAAGAGUAGGUCAAGUAGUUGCUCCAGUAGCGGUGUCGAGCGGUCCCAUAAUGUGACUGUCUUAGGAGAAAGCGGGGUUGGAAGAUCGUUGCUUAUCAGACAGUUUUGCACGUCAGAAUAUCUAGGCGCAUUUGACCAUUCAGAUGAUGAUAACGACAUCAAAGUUUCGGUCCUGAUGGACGAUGAGGAAACAGAUUUGAGUUUCGACUGUUCGCCAUUUAACCAGAAUCGCCUUGAAGAAGAAGAAGAAUCCACCCCGGACGCUUACGUCAUAGUUUACUCCGUGGCCGACCGUUCGUCUUUCCAGUACGCCUGCGACGUGCUGUACAGCCUAAGAAAAGAAAACCAUUUUCAAAAGGCCAUAAUUCUCGUCGGCAACAAGAGCGAUCUCGCUCGUGCGAGAGUUGUCUCCACAGAAGAGGGCCAUAACGUUGCGGUGUCGUAUGACUGUAAAUUCGUGGAGACGUCUGCCGUUUUAAACCACCAAGUUGACGAACUAUUAGCGGGGGUUAUUCGACAAAUUAAACUUAAAGAACAACAGGUAAUCUCGGACAACUCGAGCCCAGUGAACCAAGCUUACGGCAAAGACAGACGAUCAAGCUUAUCUAAAUCAGCAAAAAAUUUAUUUGAUAAACUUUUAAAGAGAAACUCAUCGAUAAGUAGUUCUGCCGGCGACCUGUAUUCGCCCUGAUAUGCCAAAAUGAAAACCAAAGAUACAUGUAAGUCCAAUCAACCAUCGACUGAAAUGAGCGUUGAUGCUCAUCAAGAUAAAGUCCAUGCCCAUCGCUUUGGCACCGGUAUGCCAUAAACAGCGCCAUCUACAAAUGAGAAAAGCAAGAUGCCAGAUGGUGUAUAAUUAAUGACUGCAGGGAUAAGCUCUUAAUUCUCAGUUGGCAAUUAUGAUCUUUCUAAGAGAUCUAUUAAAAGCAGGAAAUAAUUGUUAAUUGAU